CACAAGGAAUGAGAGUCAGAUCACCGUGAAAAACUAGCUCUCUAGUAUUAUAUAAACCUGCUUUUUAGUUAUUUUGGGGGAUUAUUUUGAAAAAACAGAGAGCAUGAAGGGAAACUGAAGAAAAAGAAGAAAAAGGAAAAAAGUUUCGGGAAGAAAGUUUGAGAAAGGCAGAGAAAGAAAGAAGCGAGAAUCGGAUUGGCCACUCACGACGAAGUUGAGAGAGAAGGUGUGAAGUGAGUCACUAAGCGUUGUGCCUCUCUUUUCUUCUUCCUUCGAAUCCCUGUUCUCUGCAUUGGCUCAGGAUGACCUCUCCUGAGAUCCUUUCGUUCAUGGAGCUAGCCAUACACCAGGCGAGGUUAGCUUUGGAUGCUCUUGAAGUACCUGUUGGAUGUGUAAUUGUUGAGGAUGGCAAAGUAAUAGCCACAGGCAGGAACCGAACUACUGAGACACGAAAUGCUACAAGGCAUGCAGAAAUGGAAGCUAUAGACGUGCUUCUUGGGCAGUGGCAGAAAAAUCGACAUUCAAUGUCUGAAGUUGCUGAAAAAUUCUCAAACUGCAGUCUUUAUGUUACCUGUGAACCAUGCAUAAUGUGCGCAUCUGCUUUAUCAAUUUUAGGUAUAAAGGAAGUAUUUUAUGGCUGUUCAAAUGAUAAAUUUGGAGGGUGUGGAUCGAUACUGUCCUUGCAUUCAAGUAACACCACAACAGUCAAUAAUGAAGUUCCAUCAGGAAAGAAUUUCAAAUCUACUGGAGGUAUAAUGGCAUCAGAAGCUGUUCUUCUCUUUCGAACAUUCUAUGAGCAAGGAAAUCCCAAUGCUCCAAAGCCACACAGGCCUUUAGCACGUCAGACAUGAAGUGUAAUUUGUAUAUCACCAGGAGCAAGUCUUUUUAACUUUAGCUGCAAGGGUGUAGACUCUUGGAUACAAACAAAAUCUCACAUCGGAUAAAAUAUAAAAUACACAUAUACACAUAAAAUACAUCUCUUAGUGAGAUGUCUUUUGGAGUAGUACCAAAAGCAAAUCUAUGAGGGCAAUUGAGAGAUCUAUGGAUAUGUGUGUAUAGAUAUAAUAUAACUUUUCUCUCUCUUGUUCUUCCAUCUUUUCUCAAUUUAUUAUUUUAGGUUUAGUACAUUAUUUUUUUUAGAGUUUCUUGUUAAUUAUUUUUUUUAGAAUUUCUUGCUAGUUUUGAUAUUUUUUAAAAAUUAGGAAAAUUCUUGUAUUUUAGAGCAGUUA